AAGAUUUGAGAUACGAUUAUUUUAAAAUCUCACAAAGUUUUACCUUUUAGCCGAAUCAUCAGGUAACCUGAUAGGUUCUCACGUCUCCCUUUGCCAAUCGAUUCCCCUCUGAAGUGCUAGAGAAACUAGCUGCGAUGGCCGGCGGUGGUGGCGACGCGCCACUGGCAUCCUCCUCCAACGGUGGCGAAUUCCUUCUUUCUUUACUCCAAAACCCCAAAUCAAAUCAACAGCAGCAACAAUCUCCAUUACUGUCUAGUGUUACUGCCAUGCUCAUACCGCAACCGCGACAGCAGCAGCAGCCGUUGCCCUUAGAUCCGGCCGUUGCAGCAGUUGGGCGUGCACUCCCAUUGCCGCCAUCUUGGCCGCAAACAAACCCUCUGCCUCUCGCACCUAAUUUUCUAGGGUUUCCCCAAAACCCUUGGUCUUCAUCGGGAAACCAAUUCGUCGGUAACCAAGGAGCUUUGAACGAUGACUUGAGAAGGCUAGGUUUUCCAGGUAUCAAUAAUAACAAAAGUCAAGCGAUCCAGAACCCGAUCCGGCAGCAAAAGCAUCAGGAACAAAAGCUACUCUUUGGUUCUUUUCCUAGUGAUAUUCAAAUCCUGAAGAAGCCUGAGAGUUUACUCAAUGGGAAUUUGCAUGAAAAAUCGAAGAUGGAUCUAUCGGAACAGCAACCAGUGUCGAAGCUUAAUUCCAAUCCGAAUUUGACUCCAUACACCUUUCAACAUCAAAAUUCUGGUGAAAGAGGAAAGCAACAGCAGAAUGUUGGGAAUUACAAGCCUCCCUCAUCAGGGGAAACUUUAAGAGCGCCUGCAGGGUUUUCAGGGAAGCCUAGAGGAGGAGGGAGCUGGGAUUUAAGAAGGAAAAAGCAUGUUGAGCACAAUGUAGAUGAAUUAAAAGCUGAAUACAGUCUUUUGAUUAGUGAGAAUGAGAUGGGACUUCGUGGACAACUUGAUUACCCUGGGCCGCUGGCAGGGAGUAAUCUGCGGUCUGUUUCAGCUACCGAUAUUGAAGACUCUCUUUUGGAAUCGCGUAGGGUUGGUUAUAGGGAUGGGUUUUCAAAGCGUGAUAAGUUUAAGAGUGAAGAUGGUGGCCAAGUGGACGAAAUUGGGGAAAAUCUUGUUGAGUCUUUAUUGAUUGGGGAAGAAUCUGAUAAUAAGAAUGAUAAGAAGCAUCAUCGUUAUGAGAAGGAAUCCAGAAUAGAUAAUAGAGGCCAAAGGUUACUUAGCCAGAGAGUUAGAAUGGUGAAAAGGCAGAUGGCGUGUCGUGGUGACAUUCACCGGCUAAAUGCACCUUUGCUUUCUAUUUAUGAGUCACUUAUACCGCCUGAGGAGGAAAGAACUAAGCAGAAACAAUUAUUGGCAUUACUUGAGAAACUAGUUUGCAAAGAAUGGCCAAAAGCACAGUUAUUUCUUUAUGGAUCAUGUGCCAACUCUUUUGGGGUUUCGAAAAGUGAUAUUGAUGUUUGCCUUGCAUUUAAUGACGACAUUAACGACAAAUCUGAAAUCUUGUUAAAGUUGGCAGAUAUUUUGCAGUCAGAUAAUCUUCAGAAUGUGCAGGCAUUGACUCGUGCCAGAGUACCCAUAGUAAAGCUUAUGGAUCCGGCAACUGGAAUUUCCUGUGACAUAUGCAUAAACAAUGUUUUGGCUGUAGUAAAUACUAAGCUUCUACGGGAUUAUGCAAAGAUAGAUGCAAGAUUACGACAAUUGGCAUUUGUUGUGAAACAUUGGGCCAAGUCCAGAGGAGUGAAUGAAACUUAUCGAGGAACUUUAUCCAGCUAUGCGUAUGUUUUGAUGUGCAUUCAUUUCUUACAGCAACGUAGACCUGCCAUCCUUCCAUGCUUGCAGGGGAUGCAGAAAACCUACAAUAUCACAGUGGAUAAUAUUGAGUGUGCUUACUUUGAUAAAGUUGAACAACUUAGCAACUUUGGCUCUCCUAACAAGGAAACUGUUGCUCAACUGGUGUGGGGAUUCUUUAACUAUUGGGCAUAUGGUCAUGAUUAUGCAAAUUCAGUAAUAUCUGUUCGCACGGGCUGCAUAAUCAGUAAGCAAGAUAAAGAUUGGACAAGAAGAGUUGGCAAUGAUCGUCAUUUAAUCUGCAUAGAGGAUCCGUUUGAGAUUUCUCAUGACCUUGGCCGUGUGGUGGACAAGUUCAGCAUCAGAGUUCUGAGAGAAGAGUUUGAACGCGCUGCUGAUAUCAUGCAGUAUGAUCCAAAUCCUUGUGUGAAACUCUUUGAGCCUUAUGUUCAUAGUUAGGAAAAGACCAAAGACCUUGGUGUGUUUAAUGUCAGCCAAUUUUGCGUUGGGUUUAUAGUAUGUCUGUAUUUAGUGCUUUUGACUUUGUUCAUGCCCAUAAAUGUAAAGAAUUAUCAGCUUUAUCAAACUUUUUUCUUUUGUUUUAGAUUUCUAGUUU